GGCUCGAAGUCUCAAUAGUUGGUUGAGCCCGUGAGGGGGUUCACCCCAGAGAUGGCGUGCCCUCGGCGUGUCCGCAAGGGUGGCCAUGGGGACCUGUACAAGCACACCCAGGCUGCAGCCGACGUUGACGUUUCGAAGCUUCUUGACCUCCUCCCGGCCCAAUGAUGGGCUGGGGGAGGACUGGUACUUCGAUACCAUGAACCUGCUGCUAGAUCGUUGGGCCCCUUCGCACAUCCAGUUCUUGCGGAAGAAGUUCUUAGAGGCGACUGGAGAAGGAGAAGAGGAGCUUGACAAGAAGGGCUUCUAUAGCCUUUUCGCCGAGCUCCAGGACAUGCCGGACAGCGUGUCCCAAAGCGCCUUCCGCAUGUUCGACACCGAUGGCUCUGGGAAGCUGAACUUCAAGGAGUUCUGCUGCGCCUUGGCCUUAUGUUGCCAGCUGAUGUCGUCGGACGACGAGAAGAUCCGUUUUGUCUUCGACAUGUUUGACACCAACGACGAUGGCCUCCUAAGCGCCUUAGAAGUGCAGCAACUGGUGGAGCAUUCCUUGCGGGAGGAGGAGAAGUAUCUCCCGGCCGAUGAACAUCUUCGCCAGGAAGCUCAGCUUCGAAGUCGGUCUCGCAUCUCCAAGCUCAAGCAGGAAUUGCUGGGAAGCACUUCUCAGCCACUUUCCUUUGACCGCUUCUACGAGUGGGCUCAGCGAAACAUGGACAGCCUCAACAACCUGCUUUGCACCUUUCAGUUAGUUCCAGCACCCCAGCGGGAACGGGCCGUGUGUGAGGACAUCAUGUUGCGGAAUCCGGUGCUUCAAGAGGGUUGCACCUGGUACUGCAUCUCCCACAAGUGGCUACAAGUCUGGAAGUCCUACACUGGAUGGACGCAGCCCACGCGGCGCCGCGUGACGGGGCAUGCUGUGGAGUCGGUGGGCCGAGAUCGGGAACGUUGCCACUCUGGAGACUCGGGCGUUUCCUUGCCCUUCUUCGGAACCAAUGGAGUGAUCAGUCAUGAGGAUCGCUGGGACCGCGCUUUGGGGUCAAGCCUGCCGGCACGGCCUCCAGAGAUUGACAAUUCCGACUUGGAAGGGGAGCACAAGGGCGAGCUGAAGAUGAAUUUGGUGGAGCAUUUGGACUUUGAGCUGAUCCCCGAGGAGAUGUGGCUUCGCUUGGUGGAAUGGUACGGCGGUGGUCCAGCCUUACCUCGGACGGUGAUUUGCAUGGGCCGUGAUCGCCAGAUGCAGGUGGAGCUUUAUCCUGCGCUGGUCCUUGUGGUCGUGGCGGGAGACGAUGGGAAGCCUUUGCCGCAGUUCAGCCGGCGUUUCUUCAUCUCCAAGCAAUCCACCUUGGACCAGACACUGCUGAUGCUGGCAGAGAAGCUGUCGAAGCCCAUGGAUCGCAGCAGGUUGUGGCAUCGAUCCAAAGGUGAGCAGUGGCGCUUGGUGCCAAACCCCUUGCUGACCAUGGACGAAUUCUUAGAGGGCAAGGGCUGGGAUGCUGGCGCCUUCUUGCUGGAGACCAUGAAGGACGGCGAGUGGCCGCGCGACCGGGACACGGAGGUGGAAGACGCGCCCACCGAAGAGGCCGAGCUUGGUUUCCAGGGCUUUGAAGUGGGAGAUCGGGUUGAGGCCAAGGCCGCUGGGACCGGUCAAUGGUUGCGUGGUACCAUCGUGGAUGUGGUUCUGCGACAGACCUCCACCAGCUCCACGCCCUCGCAGGUGAAAGUUCAUUUUGACUCCACGGUCUACAAGUCUGAUGAGUGGAUCAAUACCCAGCGGCUGGCGCUGUUGGGUACUCAUACAGUCGACCCAAAGGACCGGGAAUCGGAGUCGCCGACUUCCGGCGUCCCUGGUGCUACAGGUCUUCAGAACCUGGGCAACACCUGCUUCAUGAACGCCACCCUGCAGUGCAUGGUGAACACACCUUUGUUGCGCGAGUACUUCUUGUGCUCUCAACAUCUGGCUGAGAGCAAGGAGCGUGCACGGAGCUCAAGCCUGAAGGGGAAGUUUGCUCAAGAGUUUGGAUCGGUGCUCUUGGAGCUUUGGUCCGGCAAAGGUUCCGUGGUCAGCCCCAACAACUUAAAGCGCACCAUUGACCAGUUUGCUCCGCAGUUUGCGGGGUACGAGCAGCAUGAUGCGCAGGAGUUCUUGGACUUCGUCCUGGAAGCCUUGCACGAGGAUCUCAAUCGUGGUGGGCCACGGAGCCUCUCAUCCAAAGGCAGCAGCCGCACGAAUUCCAAGUCCAGACUGCGGAAGGAGCAAAGUACACCCAAGCUCUUCAGCGCGAAACCACUGCUCACACGCGGAAGCCGGGAAAGCACGCCACGCCGGGUGAAAGCCGUUUGGAAGGAACGUGGCGAAGAGGAGACGGGCAGCUAUGGGGAUGGUGCACUCAGUAGCGACGAGAUGGCGGUGGCCUCGAUGGAGCUCAGCGAGGAGAUUGUGGUCCCACCACCACCCGAGUCGCCCUGGGGCACCUUGGUGGGCGUGGCGGGCUUGCCCGGCGGACAGGAGAACUGGAGUAUUGGUGCCUUCUUUCGCGCCGAGGUGGCUGAUGCCAAAGGUGCAGAUCCACCCGCCAGGGGCUCAGAGGCCGUGGAAGAAGCCACCCUGCCCGAGGCAGAACAUCAUGACCAGUCUAGCAUCUAUGAGGAAGAGGUUGCCACGCUUUGUCCGGAUAGUCUCGACCCGAAGCCCGAAGAAGGACUCGUGCCUUCGGAGCUGAAAGGGGAGGGCAGCGAGGUGGCUCCGCCGCAGAGCGAGGACGCUGAAGAUUACAGUGUUCCUCCGGAGGCGCCACCGUCCAAGCCCAACAAGGCGGCCACACGCGGCCCGUCGGGCAAGCGAGCCAGGUGGUGGAGCUUCGCGUGGCGCCGCGACGGGCGCGCGCUGGACCUGCCGGGAAAGGAUGGUGAGGGCGAUUCGCCGCCGAAGGAAGGGCCAGGUGAGAGCCCUCAGGCCGAGGAGAUCGGCGAAGAGAUGAGUCGCCUGAAAAUGCCCUCGGGCUCGGCAGCUGCGGUGGUGGCUGCUCGCCGGAGUGAGGAUGUGAAUUACGUGCAGCAGGGGGUGCAAGAGAGUGAGGAUUUUGUACCUGAGCUACUAACUCCACAGCCUUCAAGGCGUGGCCGCAGCCUCUUCGGCUGGCGACGGAAGCGGGAGGAGGAUCUCCCAGGGACACCUGGAAGGCGCACCAAGACGCCGGGGACGAUGACCACCUUGCGGGAGGAAGAGGCCUCCGAGGAACGACGUCCAGGCUCAGCGGAAGUGAGCCAGGAUCCCGUCGGGAGUCGCAGCUUCUUGCCAUGGCGUGGAGGCACCACGCCAAGCACGCCCCGAGAACGCACAGAGCAGGAUGAGGCACCGCGGAUCGCCGAAGGCGGCCGUGGAAAAGAUAAGGACAGCAUUUUGCCCACCUUCUUCAGGCGUUCCAGUCGAGAGAGGUCAAGAGUGCCGCGGCAUGCUGGAGAUUCGCCUCCCACGGACUGUGCCGCCACAUCGCCCAGCGAGGGCCAAGGCACUGAGGCAUGUCCCAGUCCCUCAGAAGAUGCCAGCUCCAAGGCUGCUUCAGCCAGCUCCAGCUUGCCUUUCUUCUUCCGUGCCCCCUGGUCGGCGAAACGAGAGACCUCGUUGAGCUCUCCAGGCAACAAAGAAGAAGGUGACUUGGCGACUUUAGCACUGCCGGGCACAACCGAUGGCCAGGAGGCUGAGCCAACGAUGUCGCCGACCUCCGACGCGCCACACGCUGAGAGCGAGGUUGAAGAGGGUAAACCCUCUGAGGAUGACCUGCCAGAUGAGGAAAAGGCGGCCUUAGUCUGGGAACGCUAUCGUGCUCAGAAUCGCUCGCUGAUUGGAGACCUCUUCGAGGGUCAACUGCGUAGCCAACUUCGAUGCAGUUGUGGCCACAACUCCUCCACCUUUGAGCCUUUCCGCUACUUGAGCAUACCUAUCCCGUCCAAUCACAUGGACCGCUGUGAGCUGAAGGUCAUAUAUUUUCCAGCUCUUUCUUCGCCUACGGACCGUCCUCAACUGGUUCGGUAUACCGUACAAGUGCCAAAGUCCAGCACCGCCAAACGUCUGCAGCUCACGCUCGCACGUCAACUGCCAGUCUCUUCGGUACUCCUCGCGGAGGUGUACCGCAGUCGCAUCCACAGAUACCUGGAGCCGAACUUGCCCUUGUCAGACGUGAGAGACGAAGAUCAACUGGUGGCAUUUGAAGUACAACAAAAUCCAGAGGAUCUGGUGGCUUUUCAGCAGCAAGUGCUCUCGAAGAACCUGACUCAGGAGACUCAGGAGCCUUUGGGCACUGUUCUGAUGAUCCAGGUGAUGCAUCGCCAUGUGGUGGAUGUGUGCCGUCCGGAUGGUGACACCUGGGCCCAGAAAAGGGAGGUCUUUGGGAUGCCCUUCGUGAUGAGUGCUGGAUCGACCUGGACUUACGCAGCACUCCAUGAAAUGCUCAUGAUCCACGCGAGGAGGUACUUAAAGGCUGGCCAUGGCUCCGACAGUCAGGUGCCGUUCGUGGCUCGCAUUGUGAACGCUUCGGGCACGGCCUGUGGCGCUUGCGACCGAAAGAACUGCACAGGCUGCCUUUUGCCGAAGGGCCAAGCACGGCUGCGCUUGAGAGCAGGUCUCUUCACCAGCGGCACUGCGAAGAUCUACGUUGCGCUGGACUGGGUGGAUUCCUCCAUGUACGACCAGGGCUACGUGGAUUCUAUCCGGGAAGACUCAGCGGAGGCGACGGUGGAGGAGACGGCCGACGCGGAGGCAAAGCUGGUGCCCUUGGCUGCCUGCAUCAACGCCUUUGCAGAGGCGGAAGCCCUCAAGAUGGAUGAGAAUGGCAACGGGGUGAAGUGUGACAAAUGUAAAGUGUGCGUGGAUGCCACCAAGCAAAUUGACAUUUGGCGAGAGCCUGACGUGCUUGUCCUGCACAUCAAGAGGUUUCACUUCAGCGGAGAACACUUCGAGAAGAUCUCAACGCCCGUCCAGGUUCCUUUGACGGAGCUAGACGUGCGGUCUUGGAUUGGAGGUCCAACGGGCAGUUGCACUGCCUAUGACCUUUAUGGUGUUGCAUGCCAUCGUGGAGGUAUGUCCGGUGGACACUAUACAUCCUACUGCAUGAACGAGGGGGGCAAGGAGCCCCAAUGGCUCAAGUUCAAUGAUGACACCGUGUCAGUCGUCGACUUGGAGCAGGAGCUUCCAGAGAUCUCGAAGCAGUGCUACGUGCUCUUCUACCGGAAGCAAGCACUUUCAUCCUCGAACCUCAUCAAUUAUUCGUCCCUGUGAACCCCGAAAGCCUCAUCAUUCGG